AUGGAUCAACAAACACAUUCGUUCAAAGUCAUAAUCGCCGAUAGUAGGGAAUGCAAACGUCUUUAUCUCACACUAAACAGUUCAGAAAUACCAUCAUUUAAAAGGUUUAAAUAUGGAGUCCUUGAUCUUUUCGGUCGUAUUCGUAACGAUGAACAAGGUGAAAUUAGACAUAUAAUGUAUAAUGAUGGAGACAAUAGUGAACCAGAAUUUGACGCAUUUUUACAAUUACAAAAUUCCACUCGUGAGACUAUUUUAAUAACGGUUUCUAUAGUGUAUAAGCCUUCUCCGAAACUUAACUAUCGUUUAACAUUUGUAUUGUUUUUAUUAAUUAGUUUGGAGAAUUAUGUAUUGGAUAAUGUACAAUCGGGAAAUGAGAUGACUUUUUCGGUAUCUAAAGAGAACUUCAAUGAUCCCGAGAUGACCAAACCAACAUCAAUUAUUAUGCGAACAGCUUCUGGACAACCGUAUCUUUGUCAAAUACCAUUUGUAAAUCAAUCUGAACCCGACGAAAAAUCUGAAGAAAAAAUAGAUCAUUCAAUUCUCUUGAAGAAAGGGUUAGAACUUUUGGAACCUAUGAAAAGUCAAUGUCUACAUUAUAUAAAUGGAUGGUGGACUUAUGAAUAUUGUCAUCUUAAGCAUGUGAGACAAUAUCAUUCUGUCCAACAGUCAGAAUUAGUUGUUGCUGAAGGACCAAUAUUUCUUUUAGGAAAAUAUGAUCCAAGUGUUGCCACGUUACCAUCUUCAAAUAAAGGUCAUAAUACAGGAAAUAAAGAAGGUACAGAUUUACAAGUUGGUAGUGGAAAGAAAUAUUUAGUUCAACGUUGGGGUCAGGGUACAAAGUGUGAUUUAACUGGAAGACCUAGAAAAGUUGAAAUUGAAUUUCAUUGUGUUCCCCAAACUAGAGAUAGUAUUGCAAUGGUCAAGGAAAUACAUACUUGUCACUACUUGGUUGUUAUACAUACACCACGUUUAUGCAAUGAUCCUGCAUUUCAUAGUAAAACUAGUUAUAAUGCUCAUCCUAUAGAAUGUCGACCUAUAGUUUCUGAUGAACAGUACGAACGUAAACGAAAAAGUUUAGAAAGUGGCUCACGUGAAGAAGAAGCGAGCAAAAAUGACAACGAAAAAGUUGACGAAACAAAUAAUAAACUUUCUUUCAAAAAUAAUAAAGAUGAAGUUAAAAAAAGGGAAAAGUUAAAAACCAUUAAUAAUGAUGAUAGUGAAGGAACUAGUAACAGUGAAGAUGUUGAACAAGAACGAUGUGUUAGGGCAUUAAGUUUAAGCGAAGGAACCUUGAUAUUAAACUUAACCAAAGAUACCUAUGAACAACUUGGAUUAACAGGAAAACCAUCAAAAUAUGGAACAAAUCGACAAAGAUUUGUUGUGCAAAUUAAUCUAUUAGAAAAGUCCAUGAUUCCUGGCAAGAAAAGUUACGAACGUGUUAAAUGGUGUUUUGAAAAUUCAUUAACUGAAUCAUUUCCAUUUCUUAUUUCUUUCAUUGAUAUAAUUUCUCAUGAAUCAAAAGAAAUGAACUUUCCUUCAACUUUUAAUGCCAAGAAAUUAAAAAUCUAUGAUUGGUUGGGAAUGGUUUCUCUUAAAUCUCAAAGGCUUCUAGCACAUGAUCGAAUCGAUCCUUAUAUUUCAGUAUAUUCUCCACCUGAACCCUAUAAAAUGGGUGAUGGAACACUAUUACGAUGGACAGGUUUUAUUCCUUCCGCAAUAAUUUUAUCGAUAUUUAAAUCCGUUCUAGAACAAAUUGAGAAAAAUCAUCUCAAUGUACCUUGGAUAGUUAUUAAUAUAUACGGAUUUAAAGAUUCACCAAUUUCUUGGAAUAAACAAGAACAUAAUCAUUUUAUGAGUGGAGAAAAUAAUUAUAGUUUUUUAAUUUGGCCAGAUGGUACUUAUACAUUGUAUCAAGCUCUCGGAGAAUAUGAUACUUAUUCAAUAUAA